AUGAGUAACCUUCAAAGGAAUCAAAUUAAAAAAAUUUUAAUAUUGUUAUAAAAUUAUUCGAGAGAAUUAAGUCGUUUUAGGAAAUUUUUAAAACUAUUUAAAUUACUAAAUUUGAUUCAAAUCCAUUAUAUAAAUCAAGCUUAAAUCUAAAAUGGAUUGUUUAUUAGUUUUAACACUUUUAUACCAUCUGGCAAAAAUUGGAAUUAAAAUUAUAAUAUAGUAUCAACUUAGUGCUAAUUAGAUGACUUUAUGGUGGAAAUACAAUCAGCCUUAACUAGAAAUUUUCCUUUUUUCUUGAAAAACUAUGCAAACAAUUUUAAUCAAUCUUAAUAAUAAUAUAAUUCAAUUAUGAGUUAAGUAAUUUAGCCAUAACCUAAUAAUUAUGUUUAAUUUUAAUAAUCACAAUUUCAUCUACAAUAACAAUAACCUUCUAAUAACCCUUAUUCCGAUAUAAAUUAAAAACAAGAAUCAUUAAAAUAAUCAGAAUAUAAAUUAAAGUACAACUAGACUUAAAAAAAAUAACAAGAAGAAUAGGGAAUGGCUAACAAAUUAAUUUAAAUAAUCUCCUCAGUUUUUGAGUUUGGAAGGAACUAUUAAUUUCAUAAGAAGCAAAAGAGGAGAAAAUAAAAAUUGAAGUAAAAUCUAAAGUUGAUUUUGGAUUGCUAAUUUAUUCUAAAAUACUAAUUGAAACAAUUAAAUAGUAAAAAUAAUUAACUGAUACUUUAAAUGAUACUUAUAGUUAUCAUUUAUUAACAAUUACUGUGUUUACAUUAAACAAGAGUAAUACAAGAGGUUCAAUUGAAAGAUUAAGAAAUUAAUGCAAGUAUUCAUUAAUUGGAUUAAUAAUUGAUGCAGAUUGAACAGAAAAUCGAGACUUGUGUAACUACAAUAAGCUCAAUUGGAAUAGAGCAAUAUUGAAGAAAUCACAAAAAGUGAUCCUCUAAGCAAUUAGAUUAUUGAUUUGACAAGUGAAAUUCAAGCAGAGAAGGAAGGUUUGUACUUUUUAUAGAAGAAAUUUAGAUAUUAGAAUUUGGAUUAUGAAAAAUUCAUAAAAAUUACUAGAUAAAUGAGUUAGCAGAUGUUUGAUCAUUAUUUGUUAUUAAGAAAAUGUGUUACUAGUCAAUAUUGAAUUAUAUAAUAUAUUAUUAAUUUAUAUAAAAAACAUGAUA